AGCUGAAAAGAUGAAUUUCAAUCGGGAGGAAUACUAUCGGUCGGUUUUUAAAGAUCAGCUCUCAUCGUGUAUUAAGGAUUUGGAGAAGGAUUCGCCGAAUAUGAGGACAAGCGCAAUGCGACUUGCGGAGGCGCGCGAGGAGAACGAAGGAGUGACCAGAGCACUGGAGGCUCAGGAAAAGGAGUUGCAGAUGAGGCGGGAGCGCUUGAGAGAAAGAGAGGAAAAGGUGAAAAAGGAAGAGGAGAAACUCAGACAGUACAAGCUGGAAACUGCUAAGCAGCUGCAAGAAAAUGAAGGAAGACGGUUACAUGCCAUAGAAAAAACAAAGGAAGAGGAAGCUAAAAUUAAAGAGAAGGAAGACAAUAUUAAGAAACUAAAGGCACGGCAUGAAGCCCUACUGACACGAAAAGAGCUACUGGCCAAACGCCACCAGGAGAGCACUGCAAAGAUGCCCAGAAAGAACACUGGUCGAGGCUGUGGUGGCACGCAGUCUAUCAGAAAGGAAAUUCUAGAAAGACAAGCUGAUGUUGAGAAAGAGGCAGAGCGCAAAAAGCUGGAACUGAUGAAGGACAAAGGAACAGCGAACUCUUCUCCUGCACUAUACCAACCAACUGCAGCAGCAACAGAGAGAGCUAGACAACAUACGCUCAGAAACAUGCAAAUGGGAAAUGAAACGGGAGGACUUGCGUUCCACUGCUAAAAGAGAGGAGCUCCAAUAUGCUCAGAUAAAGGUCGGGAUUUGUUCAAUUUAUCAAAUGAUCGCACCUUACUGGAGAGCCUCUGUGGAUACUGAGGACCCCUACGAGCAGCUGGAACUGAUUCGGAAACAUCUUCAGCUUGUGAGAGCUAUAGUUGAUGAGCGAAAGUUCAACGUUAUGACAACAGCAAGUCAAACUAAAGAGGAUGACAAGUAGCAGAGAGUAUAAGAUCCAAGCUCUGGUGAUGUUUAUGUACUGAAAACAGCCAGAUAUGCCUUUAAGCUAAAUAAAAAUCAUCA